AAAAAUGAGUGGUGGGUUGGCACCAAGCAAAAGCACGGUGUAUGUGUCCAAUUUACCCUUUGCUUUGACAAACAACGAUCUAUAUAGGAUAUUUUCAAAGUAUGGGAAAGUUGUCAAAGUUACUAUUAUGAAAGACAAAGACACCAGGAAGAGCAAAGGAGUUGCCUUUAUUUUGUUUUUGGAUAAAGAAUCUGCACAAAACUGUUCUCGGGCACUUAAUAACAAACAGUUGUUUGGAAGAGUAAUAAAAGCAAGUAUUGCCAUUGAUAAUGGAAGAGCAGCAGAAUUCAUUCGCAGGCGUAACUACUUUGAUAAGUCCAAGUGUUACGAAUGUGGGGAAGCAGGACACUUAAGUUAUGCUUGUCCUAAAAAUAUGCUGGGAGAGCGGGAGCCACCAAAAAAAAAAGAAAAGAAGAAGAGAAAAAAAAUAGUUGAGCCAGAAGAAGUUGAGGAGGAAGAAGAAAGCGAAGAGGAAGGAGAAGACCCUGCUCUAGAUAGCCUCAGCCAAGCCAUAGCUUUUCAGCUCCUUUGCUGCUUAGUUUCCUGUCAUCUCUGCUGUGAUGCUAUAUUAGGUUUCUGGUCCACAAAUCCCUCUUUACUCUGUUAACUGAGCAACCGGAAGAACAGUGAUGUAUAAAUGACCAGGUACAUCCUCUGCCCUCACUCACUAGAAUAUCUUUGAACAACGUCUAUUUCUGGAGCACUUCCUUUGCCUAAUACAGUCCAUUGCAGUCUCUAAUAGACCUCUUCUCUGAAAACAUAUUUAAUGCAUUUUUUGUUAUGUAGAUAGAUAGUCUGACAGCGGUAUUACUAUCUUCUUUAAUACUUCUUUACAGGCUUUUGCUUCACUACACAGAGCAAGCCUGACCCGAUGUUCAAAUUUCAUGGCUCCCUAGUCCUCAGCUGUCCCCUGUGUGCCCCUGUUCCCCCAAAAAAACCCUCAGAGUUUCUAAGAUAACUUUGUCCUGAAUAUGACUGUAAUGAGUGCAAAACUUUUACAUGAUGUAGUCCAAAAAAAUGAUGCAAAUAUGCACAUUAUCCCCCUACACACCCUCCGAGAACUCCACAAUUGGAAGUAAAACCUAUAAAUGUAAACAAGCCAGGAAACAUUCCCAUUUCUCUCACCAUCCAAAGAUUUUAACUGAGAUAGCAUGUUUCCCAGUAAAAAUAGGAAGCAUCUAUUUAAACCUUUAGUUGAAUAACCUUUACGUUCCAUUCCUGAAGACAUUAAUUUCCUGAAUGAAUCACUGCAAAAGCCAACAGAUAGAAGACUUGUUAGUGGAACAAAGCUGAUUCAAUAAUGUCAAUUUAAAAUGCGAUGCAUUCUUUGCUUCAGAUCUAAGCUGCUCUAUAGUUCUGCAAGUUUGCCAGGUGCAAAGUUCCUCUCUUGGAAAAUAGAGCGUACUCCAUGUGGCCUGCGUUGGUGCAGAAAACUUACUGUUUGCACGCGAGAACUACUUUCAGAAAUGUUUUCUAAUGCAUUCAUCGCACAGUUUAUCUGGAAAUUGAGAUAAACCCUUUAAAUUCUUUAACUCAUUAAAUAAUUCAAUGCUUUUUAAUAAUUAGCAUUAUUAUUUGUAAUGCAUCUUAAUUUUUCUUAAUCCUAGC